AUGAUUUAUCGCAGUAAAUGGUGUCCGCGUAGAGAAUGGAGUUCGCCGCCGGACGCGCAACGAGCGGCGAGCGACGCGCGUCGUGGCGUCCUUUACUCUUCCGUCUUCCUCGGCAGUCCCGGUGACGCGAGUAACGCGAGUAUCGGCAGCGGCGAGGGGACUGGCGAGGAAGACGACGAUUCGUCGGGUAAGAAGAACCAGAAGAAGCGGGGUAUCUUCCCCAAGGUCGCGACGAACAUCCUCAGGGCGUGGCUGUUUCAACACCUCACGCAUCCGUACCCUUCGGAAGACCAGAAGAAACAGCUGGCUCAGGACACGGGGUUGACGAUCCUUCAAGUUAACAACUGGUUCAUCAACGCGAGGCGUAGAAUUGUCCAGCCGAUGAUCGACCAGAGCAAUCGAGCCGUGUUUCCACCAUUGUCCGCAGGUCCGAGCGGGGCAUACAGUCCGGAUGCGACGAUGGGCUACAUGAUGGACGGACAAGCGGCGAGCAUGAUGCACCGGCCGCCCGGUGAUCCAACCUUCCACAAUCAGUACCAUUACCCGCCAGAGUACUAUGGACAUCACUUAUAAAGCAGUAGUCGCGAGUGAAGGUAGACGAUGGAAUGACGGUUCUUGCGGAACGGGAAACGUGGAAGCGUGACGGAAGCAACCGUGCCUCCGGUACCGGCGCGAGGGCGAGUAGCGCAUUCAGUCGCCUCGCGGGGUAAUCAGCGCCGAGUACAAGAAGAAAUCUCUUCCCACGUUGCACGCCGGUACGACUCGUGCUGCCGGAUAUACUCGAGGUGUGGGGCGCGCCCAGGGGCUGCACGAUCACGGAGGAUCCAAGAUGGCGUCGGUCCGGUUCGCGUAUACGAAGAGAAGAGGAGAAGAGAGCGUUCUGUGUUCUCGAGUCGAGGGGCACUCGGUUCAUCGCGGACGAAUGCAGAGGAAGAACGCGUGACGCAGGAUCGCCGUGUAGCACUAAGAAAGAGGGAAACCGGAAGAGGGUAAAGAAAGAAAAAAAAAAAUGAAAAGAGACCGGCUGGGACGUCGGAACGCGCGAGAGAAACCGGAUAAAUAGCAAGGAGUGAUAAGGCUGGCUGGGGUGUACGCGGCUUUGGCGAACGCGGGCAGGAAGGAAGGAUAGUAGCCGCGUGGAAAUUCAUGUGAUUGUUCUGUGUACAAAUGUCGCCGUGUAAUAUUGUAGUGGAUCGAGGAAUUUAAAUGUUAAAUUUUAAUACGGUCGCGCGUCACGAGCUACGUAUGUUAAAACACGAUAACGAUGGGAUGACAGGGAGGCGCGCGGAUCAACGCGAGUGAUAUAGGCAAUUUAGCGGAUGUGUACAUUAAAGGGUGGGGGGCGGGGGGUGGUGAUGGGGACUGGAAAGAUAGAACAAAACGUCGGAGCCCCGGUUGCUCGGCUACGGGGUCCGUACACCAUAGAUAGGACACGUCCACUCUGCGGCAAGGACGACGAUAUAGCGAACCAGGGAAGGCACGAUGUAUACAGGCGACCGCGGCGGCACGGAGUUUCGACCCGAGACCGAAGAUAGAACCGAGGGAAUCGAGUACGUAUAUGUACGUACACAGAGGACACACGCGCCACGGAAUCGUGUGUACAGAUAUAUACCGGUUAUAUAAAUAAAUAUAAAUAGAGAAAAGAAUUUUAGUAGCGCGUACGCGCGCGCGCGCAACGGCGACGACGACGACGACCGGGCCUGCGUUCAGAAACGAGGAUAUGGA